ACAAGAUUAUUAAUAUCUAAGGUAGAACGAAGUGUUACUGGAGAUUGAGACUCAGAAAUUUGGUCGUAUUAGUUGGACAAUACGUUUUCAAGGCCUGACGUAUUACACCCAUUUGGAGGCCUCUGUCUUUUGAACGGUAUUAGGAAAUCGAGUUGAUUAUGUCACAGACAGCUGAAGCCCAGCUCGAGGAGUUGGAAGAUGGUAAUUUGGGUGGCUUCUGGGGUUUUUGGGCCGGCAACGGAACUCUCAUCGCUGUCGCGAUCAGUACAAUUAUUCAGGUGCUACUUGGGGUUAUGCUUUACAUGGAGGGAGACCUCAUCGGAACCGGUAUUCUGUGCAUUCCCACUUGUGUUGUACUGCCUGUUAUUGGUUAUCUUCAUGUCCAACGCAGCGAAGAAGCGCGAGUUGCUGCUUUAACCGAGAAAAGCCUUAGGGCUAGAAACGACACAAAGGCUAAGGGAAUAGAAGACAAAGAUGUUGCACCAGCUAGCGGUGACAAGCCAGCCCAUGAGAAAGAAGAAUAAAUUAAUAUUAAGUGAUAUAUGUGCAAAACAAUAAACGGCAGGUAAACGCUAGUAGUCGACUAUUGAACACGUGACGAACGUCAUGUAUGUUCACUGGCGUUUAAAAACUUUCGGUACGGUAGUAAUGUACAGGAUGGGUCACAUAAAAGGGUUGUCUUUAUCCAGCAUAACCAAUCACCGCAGUCAAAACUUAAUUUGGGACAAACCGGUCACAAGCCCUUUUGCAGUGGUCCUAUGGAAAGAUGCGAAAGUUUCUUUGAAUGCUUGUGAUAGCAGGAGAAAACAACUCGGGCGUUUUCGUUACGAAACCUUUUGCUCAAUAGCAUAUCCAUUCGUGGGCUGCGCAACGGUCAUGCCAGAGUCUGCUUAUAUUCUCAAAGAACUAAUCCGCUGUAGUAAGUCCGUGCGCUAGUUUACUAGAAAACGCAAGGCUUUUGAGACACUUAUCCACGAUAGUAGAACGAUAAACAACAUGCACAUAAACUUUA